AUGCUCCCGGCAACAGACUCGAUUCAGAUGGGAGUGAUCCAGGCUGACGCGGGGGCGUCGGCAGCCGUACAGCAGAGAGACGGGAGCUUUUCUGCUCAGUCAGAUGAAGCUGACCGCCAUGUAAAUAGAGUCGCAUCCUUCGAUAAUCACGGCAUGUCUGCAGUGCCUCUCACUGACGCGAGUGCUUCGGCUUUGGAUCAGCGUACACGCGGCGUGGACGUGGCAGCCCCCUCGGCCCCAGAUCCGCAGCAGCCGGAAGAGGUGCAGGAGCCACCCAUUGAGGAGGUGGUCAACAGUACCGUGAUUCACCUGGACAAGCCGAUCGAGCACAUGCCAAUGAUUUCCCCACCGGAGUUGAAGCUGGUUGGGCGAUGCGUCACCUUCAAGGGUGACACCACUAUCAACGGUGAGACCUGCUCCUUCUUCUACGAGGGCCUGAUCGGUACGAUAAACAAGGAAACCGUCAUGCUGAUCCACGUACACCGGUACACCGAGGAGGACUUUCAACUUCACAAAUUAGCGCGCCGCCACGCUUUUGAUGCCGAUGAUAACUUGAAGUCUUCAAAACAAGGUGUCGCCGUCGCGCCGUCGAACAGUGGCGUGGCUGGCGUUUCCAGUGGCGGUCACGGCGGCGCGGCACGCGAGGAGAUCGAGGCAAACUACAGCAGCGACAACCUCAGCUGCGUGCGCAACCCUAUCGUUGCCGAGAGCAUCCAGAAGCCAAAGGACGACGACAAGAACUUCGACUUCGACUUCGACCACCAUAGCAUGAACAUUACGGAGCACCAGGGGAUGCCGGUGUUGCUGAACGCGCUCGGGGAGACACACGCGGAGGAGGCGACGCGGGUGCGCAACCGCAUGAAGCAGCAGAAGGGCACGAUGGGCCCGAUACCGUAUGUCACCUUUUCUCGAUCACACAUCCACCGUGUCGAGUUUGGAGUCGAUCCACAAAGCAGCUUCUAAUCCAUUUUCCGUGACCCAACGAAGGAGUUUUUCGACAUGCAGUGCCUGCGCAUGUUCGUGCGGCGAUAUAUUAUUCACACCUCUCAAGGCAACAACCCGCGCUGUGUUCCGCUGCGCGCCUUCAUCAUGUCUCGCUGCAACUGUCCAGACCUUGACAACGAUCUGCUCGAGCGCACCACGCGCGAGGAGCUCGCGCACCUGAUCAAGAUCGACCGAGAUGUCAAGCGCGUAAGAAAGAAGAAGGAACAGAACCGCCGCAAUGCGCUGCGCGCUUACAGGGCACCGAACGGGCUCUUCCGUCUGACCGGCAUCCUCUUUCUCACCCAUCUGCCGCAGCAAACCCUGAGCAUUGCCGUAAUGGAGAUGAUAGUGACGCUGGUGCUGCUCAUUUACAUGCUCACGACAAUCUUGACUGCCGAGCCCAACAUAGUUGGCGUUUACUUCGCCAAGAUUUACCCGUACGUCUUUUGCACGGUGAUUGUCUCUGUCAUGGCUACCGUCUGCACUGCGCUUCACGCGAUUCGUAUGUCACUUCCGAUUCGUGACGGCAUUUUCGUGGCGUCGAUGCGCGCCUUCUUCACACUGAGUGCCACUGCCUGCUCCACAAUGGCGAUGAUUAUCAUUGGUGGGCAAGCGAGUUAUGAGCGACUCCUCGAUUUCGUGGAGCACGAUAUCACGGCACCUCGACUGUGCGGCUUCUACCGUGCUCACCGGUGCAGCGGCACCACCAUCCCGUGCACCAGUGUUUAUGCGGAUAAGAGGCUCUGCAAGUGCCUUCACAUGCAGUACGACAGCUACCCUUGCCAGUCCGUCAUGAUCGCCUAUGUUCAGCGAGGCCUGAUUCCGAUGGUGUGUCUAGCUUUCAUAUUGUUUGCCACCUUUUUCUUUGAUGGCUACCUGCAUCUGCGUCUCUUCCAUAUUGCUCAUCUUCUUGAAGGCCGAUUAUAG